AUGACUGCAGAACCACCACGUAGCCGCUCCAAGACAGGGAAGCGCAAGGUCAUAUCCUUACGCUUCAAAGUCAAAGUCAUUCAAGCUUACGAGGCUGCACUUGGGCCUGCCAAGACAUUCUAUGCAAUAGGCAAGGCCUUCGGCGUGCAGACAGGCCAAGUGUCACGUUGGGUCAAAGACAAUACCCUCAUUGCCUCGCGGGCAACUGUGAACCCUUCGGCAUGCACCGUAAACCCCGGUCGUGCGGUCACAAAACCCGACGUCGAGGCUGCAGUACUCGACUACUUCCAAACCCUUCAAGACGACGACAUUGUGAUCAGCACCUACAUGCUGAUCGUUUAUGCAUUGAGCAUUGACCCGUCUUUCCAUGGAGGCGAAUCUGGGGCAUUGACACGAUGGGUCACAAAAUCGUUCCGGCCACCUCGUCGACAUCAUGCACGACUUCGCCGCUGCAACGGCAAAGUCGUGGCCCUGCGAGAGAGGUUUGAACCGUUUGACCACCAUCGCCAAAAAGGGUGCCCGUACUGUGUCGGCGCGUAA